GACGACCAGAGGAGAGCAGUGCAGCAGCGGCAGCAGCAGAGGCAGCGGCGGGCGGGAGGCGGGUAGGGGUGUUGCGUCUGAGCUGCCGAUUAGGCUGAUCAGAGCCGGGGCUGCGAUGCAGUGACUGUCUACUACAGGAAGACAACACACACACACACACACACACACACACUCACACGCACACACGCCGAGCGAGGGGAGGGAGAGCGACGCACGCAUUCGCACGAGACACGAUGACCAGCUCGUAGACUAUGGCACCGUCGGGCUCGCGUAGUAUCAAGCGGGGCUGUCAGAGAGUUCUGUACUGGAUCCCGGUGCUGUUCAUCGCCCUCAUAGUGGCCUGGUCAUACUACGCCUAUGUCCUGCAGCUUUGCAUAGAGUCCAUCGAGGACACAGGACAAAAGGUUGUGUACUUGCUGGCGUACCAUGCCAUCUUCGCCAUGUUCGUGUGGGCGUACUGGCAGACCAUCUUCACCAAGCCCAUGAGCCCCCUGAAGGAGUUCCACCUGUCCUACUCUGACAAGGAGCUGCUGGAGCGCGAAGAUCGGGGAGAGUCCCAGCAGGAGAUCCUGAGGAGGAUCGCCAAGGAUCUGCCCAUCUACACCCGCACCAACUCUGGAGCAAUCCGCUUCUGCGACCGCUGCCAGCUGCUGAAGCCCGAUCGAUGCCACCACUGUUCAGUCUGCGAUAAAUGCAUCCUGAAGAUGGACCACCACUGCCCCUGGGUGAACAACUGUGUGGGAUUCUCCAACUACAAGUACUUCAUGCUGUUCCUGGCAUAUUCGCUACUCUACUGCCUUUUUAUCACCGCGACAGAUCUCCAAUACUUCAUCAAGUUUUGGACGAACAGCCUCCCGGACACCCAGGCGAAGUUCCACAUCCUGUUCCUCUUCUUCUCGGCCUCAAUGUUCUCAGUCAGCCUCGCCUCUCUGUUCACCUAUCACUGCUGGCUCGUCUGCAAGAACAGAUCCACUCUCGAGGCCGUACGCGCCCCGGUGUUUCGUCACGGCACAGACAAGAGCGGUUUCAGCCUGGGCUGCAGUAAGAACUUCCGGCAGGUCUUUGGCGAUGAAGUGAAAUACUGGCCCAUUCCCGUUUUCUCCAGUUUAGGUGACGGUUGCUCGUUCCCAUCCUGUCUGGUGAGUGUGGACCCCGAGCAGCCUUGCUCACCCACCGGUUCCAACCCUGCCAACAAGGGGGCAGCAGAGGGCCGCCACUUCCCCUCCAAGCCUCUGAGGGAGAGUCAGAGUCGCCUGCUCACCAGCACCCCCUCCUGGACAGACAGCGAUAGUGCAGCAGAAAAAGACAGGAAAGGUGCCAGCAACCCGGGGAUGAGCAUAGAAAAUGAGGCUUAACCAGCGGUAGAGUUGACACCUUCAAUCCAGGAAAGUCUCUGCUGCCCCCUCCUCAGAACAUGACGUGGUGUCGACUGGGAGGUCUACACGGCUGACAGAGGAGAGUGAACACAUACUUCUAUCAGUAUCACUGUUCCUGCUGCUUUCUCCACUUACAGUAUCUGGGCUUCACAACUGGCGGAUUCGAAUGAAUCCUGCAUUCCAACAAUCACAUCUCCUUUUUGUUUCUGUAUGAAUAAGCACAGGAGCAGCACUGGGAGAGAAGAUGUUCUUGCACUUUGCAUUCUGGUAGAUCAUUCUGAGCUGCCGUUGAGAGGUCACGACACAGAGACUCGCAGAACUGUCUUCAAUCUACUCUUUUACGUUAUUUCAGAGCUUAGCACGUUAGUAAAUGCUGUCAUACGUUUGCUAAACAUUUGCACAUGAGGUCUAAAUUAGUGUUGGUAUUAUUGUGAUGUAAAUGACAUUCCUUCAGUCUGUUUUUUCCUUUUUGGUGAACCUUUUCCCCCCCUCCACCCACCAUGUCGUGCUGUGGAAAUGAUGCAUGCUCUCAUCUCAGGAUGGCGACGCAAACGAUUUGUCGUAGUGAACUGUCCCGCGAGAUGUUCUCUGCCCCUUUGCUUGAAAAAGAAAAAAAAAAAAUGGGUAUAAUCAUUAGUAAUGACAUUUUUCAACAAGGGCUUUUCUGACUCGUCAUAGCAUGAGGAUGUGGAGGAUGUUGCUGUGCCGAUCGACCACAGUACACGUCAACCUGCCGGGGUCUGGAGGGUUGGCUCUGCAUCCCGAGUGAUUCUGCUGCAGAUCAGAUCAGAUAGCGUUGAGCGUCUGGAUUACGCACAUGAUGUUGUGGAUGUACUGCAGAAAAAGAAGGAAAAAAAAGUUCUGUUCCAGCCACUUUGUAAGGUCUAUUUUCACCUUCUGAGGAUUCUGUCUGUUCUCGUCUGGGCCUGGAAAUUACAAAAAAAGAAAGAAAUCAGAACUGAAAAUGAGUUUAAAGAAUGUAAGCUUGUUUUAAAAAAAAAAGAAAGCAAAAAGCUUCAUGGUAAUAGUUGGUGACAAUUUAUAUUUUUCUAUUCCGUCUGUACGACUCGAGACGACGUGGAUGUGUGAGGCGAUGUACUGUACAGUUGUGAUGCCUUAUGAAAUUAAAACAAGCUCUUUUUUCCCUUUCA